AUGAAGCCAUCAGCUGGGUUUUGGCUCCUGGCAGCGCUGCUCGUGGGAAGCUCCGCUCAGGCCCGGAUCAUACAGUCAUUCUUCAAGGUUGGCGGCACGCUGGUCCUCAGACCUGUCUUUGACCACCUGAUCAGCAUCGAGUGGAAGUACGACGAAGAACCUUUGGCCGUGUGGGUGGAAGACGUGAUUCCCCUGACAUAUUACAGUAGGUUUCGAGGGCGUUCAGAGCUGAACACGACCUCAGGAGCACUGAAAAUCCACAACAUGGCUGCAGCGGACACCGGAGUGUAUUCAGUGGAGAUCAACGGGAAGCAGAUUCGGGUUUAUGAGGCUGUGGAGAUCCAAGAAGUACCCCAGCCUGUGGUGACUGUGAGGCCACUGAUGUGUAGCUCAGCCUCAAAGAAGUGCACACUGAGCUGUGAUGGAGAUGUUAGAGGAGCUGAGCCUGUGGAGUACUUCUGGAAGAAGGGAGACGGAGAGUGGGAGCAGUCAGAAAAGGACAUGGAGAUCCUCAAUGAUGAGGAAACACAGUGUGUGAUCAUUUUCUUCUCCUGCAGGAUGAAGAACCCGGUGAGCGAGAGAGCCAGCAAAUACAUCGUGAAUCCUUUUCUCCAGGAUUCAGAUUUUUCCCGGGACAAAGGAUUUGCUGCCCUCAGCUUCACUCAGGCCCAGACCGGAGAGGAGAACUUCAAGGUUGGCGUCACACUGGACCUUAGUCCUGUUCGGGUCCCUGAACACAUCGUCAGCAUCUUUCACACCUGA